ACUUUAUGUGUUUAGGCUGUUCAUUUACACGACAAUGGUGUUUUGGGGGCCGGACAAUACUAACACUUGAAGACAGGUUUUUGAAAAUGAUCCUGUAUCUCCAUGUGAACUACAAAAACACGGAUCUGUGAAAACAGUGACAGAAUGCACAUGCAUAUAUUGUGUUUAGACUACAGGAAUGUGAUUUUGGCACAAGUGCUCGGUAAAAGAAUGCAUAUGUGCGCAGUCUUUCUUUACAAAGUGACAUCGCCAACUAGGGGCCUGCCGUGAAUAAUACAGUGUUUUUUUUUGUCGUUUUCAUGGAUCAGUGUGUAUGGGAAUCUUUGCCAACAUUGUCAUCUAUACAAAGAAAAAUUUUUUUAGUUUUUAGUAUAUCAUUGUUUAUCCUCAGUCUGUCAUUUUGUCUCUCCACACAGUUUCACUCCCAUGUCUUUUGUUUCUUGAUAAACUGGUUUUGUUUUUCUGCAAUGGUUCUGGUUUAACAGGUUUAAGUUCUAAAGAAAGCUUCCUGCUCCACCGUUCAUGAAAAUACAGAAUUGAAAGCAGUUUCAAAACAACAACUGCUCAAGACGCCAGUUCAGUGGAGGAAUAGAAGAAUCUACAUCAUUAUUCAUGCUGUGACUCUGAAAGGACAAUGGCGUCUGUUGAAGAACUGCUUGAGAAAUCACUGAAGGAACUGGUAGAAGCUGAACUGAAGGAGUUUCAGUGGUACUUAAAGAAUGAUCAUAAGUGUAUAUCAAGGUCUGAUGUGGAGAAAGCAGAUAUCUUAGACACAGUGGAUAAGAUGGUGGCAUGUUUUGGACCAGAAGAAGCUGUGAAGAACACAGUUGAGAUCCUGAGGAAGAUAAACCAGAAUAAUCUGGCUGAGCAGCUAGAGAACAAACACAAGCAAGAUCAGGCUAAAGGCAAUAUGAUGACAUUUGCCACCGUUGUAGCUCCUUCUAAAGAGAAAUGUGGCUCAAGUGCAGACAACAAUCAAGAUGCUCUUCAUGAUUACAAAGAUUCCAGCCUCAGACUGAGGAACAAAUUAAAACGGGACUACAGCCGGAUAUUGGUUGGUAAUUCACAGACCGGUCAUCGGGAAUACCUGGACGAUAUUUACACUGAUUUAUAUGUGGUGGAGAAUGAGACCGGAGGAAUAGUGAAUGAGCAUGAGGUGAUACAGAUUGAAUCAAGUCACAACCGAAUAACUGCCAAAGAGACACCAAUCAAGUGUAAUGACAUGUUUAAAGUCCAGUGUGACUCGGGGCGACAAAAUGGAAAUGUGCUGACAAUAGGGAUUGCAGGAGUGGGAAAAACUGUCUCUGUCAAUAAAUUCAUCCUUGACUGGGCUGAAGGAAAAGAAAACCAGGAUAUAGUCUUCAUAUUUCCACUUCCAUUCCGUAGACUUAAUUUGAUUAAAGAAGAGUACAGUCUCAUGGGACUACUUAACAAAUACUUCUUUAGUCCUGAAGAACUGUCCUCUCUUCCUGAAGAUGAUGGUAAGGUCAUGUUCAUCUUUGAUGGGCUUGAUGAAUGUCGCUUCCCUCUAAGCUUUAAGGAGGAUGACACAUUCACAGAUUUGAAAGAAAAAACAACAAUAAGUAAAAUAAUAACAAACCUUAUCAAGACACAUCUGGUUCCCUCUGCUCUCAUCUGGAUCACAUCCAGACCAGCAGCAGCCAGUCUGAUACCCCGAGACUACAUUGAUAAAGUGACAGAAGUGCGAGGAUUUAACGAUGACCAGAAAGUGCAAUACUUCAAAACAAACAGCAGUCCUGAAGUUUCUGAUAACAUUAUCAGUCAUAUAAGGAAAUCCAGGAGCCUGCACAUCAUGUGCCACAUCCCUGUCUUCUGCUGGAUCUCUCUCACUGUUCUUCAGCCUCUACUGGCUCAAGAGAGCAAUGACAAAACUCCCACAACUCUCACAGGGAUGUACACAAACUUCUUACUUACUCAGCAGCAACAGAUGGAAAAAAAAUACAAAGAUAAUCAUGAACCUAAAGCCAAUUUUGAUCAGAUUAUUCUAAAACUUGGGAAACUGGCAUUUCAACAGCUGAAGAAAGGUCAACUGAUUUUCUACAAAAAAGAUCUUGAGGAAUGUGGACUAGAUGUCAGUGAAGGGUCAUUGUACUCAGGGCUUUGCACCCGGAUGUUUCAGGAGGAAAAGGUUUCAGCAAGAAAAGUUUACAGCUUCGUACAUCUCAGUGUACAGGAAUUCCUUGCUGCUCUCUAUGUGUUUUUGAUUAGCAAAGAGAAGAAAGCAAACCCAUUUGUUGAAUCCUGGAGAGAAAAUCUGACAUGGAAACUCUCCAAAAAGCCACUGUUUCAGCUUCAUAAGGCUGCGAUCAACAAGGCUUUACAUAGCGAGAAUGGACACCUGGACCUUUUCCUUCGCUUCUUUCUGGGUCUCUCUCUGGAAUCCAAUCAGAGAGACCUAGAGGUAAUGCUGCCAAAACUGAAACUACAAACAGAGAAUGUUAAAGACACUGUUGACUAUAUCAAACAGACAAUAGAGACAGAAAAAUCAGUAGAGAGGACCAUCAAUCUCUUCCACUGUCUGAGUGAACUAAAAGAUGACUUUGUGGAGGAAAUCCAAAAGAAUCUGAGCUCAGGAAAUCUUUCAGCACAGAAUCUCUCCUCUGCUCAGUGGUCUAGCCUGGUGUUUGCGCUUCUGAUGUCAGAAGAGGCUCAAGAGAAGUUUGAACUGCAAAAAUACAGAAGAUCUGAUGAAGCACUAACAAUAAUGCUGCCAGUCAUCAAAAACACCAGAAGAGCACUACUACAGAGCUGUAAUCUCACUUCUCAGUCUUGUAAAAGUUUGUUAUCAGUUUUACAAUCCUCAAACUGUGUUCUGAGAGAGCUUGACCUGAGUAACAAUGACCUGCAUGAUUCAGAAGUUAAGCUUCUUUCUGAUGGACUGAAGAGUCCAAACUGUCAGCUGGAGAUACUGAGAUUUUCCAAAUGUAAUCUCACUGCUCAGUGUUGUGAGAGUUUAUCAUCAGUUUUACAAUCCUCAAUCUGUGCUCUGAGAGAGCUGGACCUGAGUAACAAUGACCUGCAGGAUUUAGGAGUGAAGCUCCUUUCUGAUGGACUGAAGAGUCCAAACUGUCAGCUGGAGAUACUGAGAUUGUCUGGCUGUAUGGUGACAGAGGAAGGCUGUCAUUAUGUGUCUUCAGCUCUGAGUUCAAACUCCUCACACCUGAGAGAGCUGGAUCUGAGCUACAAUCACCCAGGAGAUUCAGGAGUCAAGUUGCUCACCGAUACAGUCAUCCAUCAAAACUGCCCACUGGAUAAACUCAAUGUGGAUCACGGGGGAGAGAUCAGGAUUACAGCAGGAGUAUGCAAAUAUUCCCAUCAGCUCAAUCUGGAUCUGAACACUGUGAAUAAAUAUCUACAUCUGUCUGAGAGGAACAGAGUGAUUACUAACACUGACAAAGAGCAGUCGUAUCCUGAUCAUUCAGACAGAUUUGAUCGUUAUCCUCAGGUGUUGUGUAGAGAGAGUGUGUGUGGACGCUGUUACUGGGAGAUUGAGUGGAUUGAUGGUGUGGAUAUAUCAGUGUCAUAUAAGAGCAUCGGCAGGAAGGGAUUGGGUAAUGAGCAUGUAUUUGGGUAUAAUGAUCAGUCCUGGAGUUUGUACUGCUCUUCCUCCAGUUCCUCAUUCAGACACAAUAACAUAAAGACUGAACUCCCAGUAAAGUCCAUCAUCAGGAGAAUAGGAGUGUAUGUGGAUCACAGUGCAGGAACUCUGUCCUUCUACAGCGUCUCUGGAGACACAAUGAGCCUCAUCCACACAGUCCAGACCACAUUCACUCAACCGCUCUAUCCUGGGUUUGGUGUUUAUAUUGGAUCAUCAGUGAAACUGUGUUGA